AUGGAUCCCGGUCGCCCAGGCCCAGCCCGCGGCCCUCGCGCGCUGCAGACUGAGCUACACGGAUACCCUCCCGAUCCAGCAUCACAUCCAAAUGCGGCGUCCCCACCUGCCCACGAAGCCCUCAGUCUCCAUCCGAGUGGCCCCUGGGUCCUCGGCCGUCCCCCCGAACAGUGCCCGGACCCGCGCACUUCGUCCCCGCCCCGGGAACCUCACUGCCACCUCCCCUCACCUGCUCUGCCGUCUCGUAGCCCUCACCGGCUCUGCCGUCUCGUAGCCCUCACCGGCAGGGCGGGGUGGGCCGGGCCGGGCAGCUCCGGCUCGAGGCUCCGCGGGUCCCCGUGUCUUCCCGCGGCUCCGCCCCGGCCUAUCCACUCGGAGGGUCGGUCUGCGGGCCGGGCCAGGGCAGCGCCCCCUGGAGGACGGGAGGUCCAGGUCACGCUGCGGGGACGGCGGUGCGCGGUGGGGGUUGGGGGUGGGGGGAGACGGCUCACCCGGCAACGCGGCCGGCGGCGGGAGUGGUUCCAGGCUGCGAGCCGGCGCCGGGCACCGAGCAGACCUUCCGCAUCAGGAAGGGAGGGCUCUGAGCCCCAGAUGCAGAAACUGAGGGCCAGGCCUGGCAUGAAGCACCUAAUCAAUACCUGUUGAAGAGGGACUUCCCUGGCGGUCCAGCGGCUAAGACUCCAAGCUCCCAAUGCAGGGGGCCCAGCCUUGGUCCCUGGCCACGGAACUAGAUCCCACAUGCCACAACUAAAGAUCCUGAAUGCAGCAACUGAAUAAAAAGAUCACACCUGCAACGAAGAUUGAAGACCCCACGUGCCACAGCUGAGACCUGGCACAGCCAAAUAUAUAAGUAAACAUUUUUUUUAAAAGCCUGUUGAAGAAUGAAUGAAUCCAAAGGGCCGGACUCUGAGCAGACGUCAUGACUAAAUAUAAUGGCUGGGCUCAAGUGCUGCAUAAUAAAGCCACUGAGAAAUUCAA